AUGGCAAUAGAGGCUACUAAUAAGGUCAGCCAGAGCAUUGAUCGGAAGGUGGCAAAAUAUCCUCGCAUUAUUAGGCUAUUUCUUCCGAAAAAGACCCAAGGACGGCGGAAGGAGGACUAUUUGAAUGAGCAAGAGUCACGCCAUACUGAAAAGGCUGAAUGGACGCUCACGCAUUCAUACUUCGCAAAUAUGGGUGGUUUAUACUUCAAGGGAAAAGAUGAAGAGGCCUCUUUUCCUUUGACAGCUUUCCAAUAUGCGCAAGAACCUGGAAAUUUUGAUUUGCCGGAUAUCGACGAAAAUGGCAUUCAGGACAAAAGUAAACAGGACAUUUUCUUGAAAGCUCUUGCUGUAUUACAAAUAUCACAGCUAUGCCUGUCACUCAUUGUUCGAAGAACUCGUGGUCUGCCAUUUUCUCAAUUGGAAACCUUGACACUGGGAUUCGCCGUUUGCGCAGUGGGCACCUACUCUCUUUAUUGGUACAAGCCCCAAGGAGUGGGCGUUCCAAUUACAGUAACGAGCAACUGUGGAAAGGCAAACUUCAAGUUUAAGAGGCAUCACGAUAGCUUUGUGAGUGUUCUCAUGAACGAGGAAGGAAACCAGGAUGUGAAAACGAUCCACCGAAUCAAGAAUGACAAUAUCCCACUGGGGGCAUCUAAUACCACCCAUGUGGCGGUUCCGUUACUGGCGGUCAUGUCUACGGCGUUUGGGUGUUUCCAUAUCAUUGCAUGGAACUUUGCGUUUCCAACGGACAUUGAGCUGCUACUCUGGAAAAUUGCAACAGUCCUCUCAAUUACAAUUCCGGCUAUCGGCUUGGCAACAGUCCCUUUGACACAAUGGACCAUACGGACGGGUGGCGAGCGCAAAUUUAUGCGUGGUUGCUUAGAGCUUCUUCGAGAGCUUCACUGGCACAAACCUGAUCGGCAAUUCUAUCUCCGAGCGAGAAGAAGGCUGGAAAGCAUCUACAACAACCCAGAUCCGAACUGCGUCGAGGCUCGUCAGCUUUACAGAGAGGUUUUAACGGAUGCAUCUACAGACGAUGAGCUGUUGCAAAAUCUACAAGAGCUCGAGUCUAGUAGCCAAGAGCUGAAGGAGAAAGGAUACUUGGAUUUGUCAAACGACUUGGAUCCGCCAAAAUUUUGGGGCAAUUUUAACUUAUUGUGUCAGCUUAUGAAAAACGCCAACGGGACAAGAGCACCCAAGAGGCUCGUUGAAACUGCGCAAACCAACGUAUUUCCUCGUGAAUCCUUGCUCCCUCGCUGGGUCAAUCUCUUUUUCAUCUACGCAUCCAGUCUAAUCUACUGUGUUUCACGACUCACUAUCCUAGCACUGGCUCUCUCCAGCCUUCGGUCCAUGCCCGAAGGUGUUUAUAUUACAACAUGGACCCAGAAUAUUCCGGCAGUGCAUUAA